GUUCACUAUCAAGCGAGGGAGGGCCUGAUCCUGUACAGGUCUUGUUAUCGUAUGUGCUUUAUUUUAAGGGCCACGUCUGUAAAAUGGCUUCAUUGUCCCAAGAAACGUUGCAGGAAAUAGAGAGAGUCAUCUCAGAAGCAACUGUCUGCUGCAAUGCGAGGAAAUAUAAGGAGGCGGAAGAUAUUUAUAGCAAUUUGAUAGACGGGUUACCGAAAGACUCUCUGCUGCCAGAAGAGAAGGCUAAAGUGGCACUCGUCUAUAACAACCGUGGCCACAGCAGAUACAAGCAGGUGCAGUUUGAAGAGGCCCUGGAUGACUAUUUUUAUGCCAUUUGUCUGAAUCCAAACUUUGCUGUGGCAUACUACAACAGGGGAACCAUCACAUAUCGUCUCUGUGCUGCCAUGCCUGAAGAGAGUGGUGAAAGACAAGCCAUGUGUACCCGAGCUAAAGGUGACUUUUCUGAGGCAGCGAGACUUGACCCAGAGAAUGCUGAAUUCAGAGAAGCUCUCAAUCAUUGCCUUGAUGUACCUAGAGGAGUUGCUGUUAGUGUGUCAUGCGGAGUGGUGUCUGAGUCUGUCAUCAAGUGGACUGAGUACCCCUUAAGCCUCUUGGUGAAACUCCUCUUCCUUUUGGACAAGGGAGAUUUGACUGCUCAAGGGAGGAGUAAUAAGGCAAAGGCUGCAGCUCAAGCUUUCCAUGCCAUAUUGAUGAAUGGGAUCUGCAGUUCUGACCAAGUUCUAAAUGAACUGCAGAAACGUCUUAAAGUGCUAGUUAAUUAUGGUUUCUUCGAAUUGCGAGCUGGCACUGAAGCUGCUAAGUACCAUGUUAUUCAACAGGAUAAAGAUCUCCUUUCAUUCACUGAUACCUGUCACUAUCUGGGCAUUCACACAAAUAAUGCUUUGGAGGGCAAGAUAAGAAAAGUCAGAAGGAAGCUGAGGCUAACACCUGUGGAGACUACCUGGAACUUCUUCAUACAUUCAGAAAAUCUCUGGAUAAUGAAGAUGUGUGAUUUACUAACUCCUAGACAAAUACAUAAAUUUCUGGCUAUUAUUCAGGAAAAGGGUCUUUUACAAAGAUCCUCUGAUCAAUACUUAACUGUAUUUGAAAACAUGAUGCAAAUUGAUGGAAUGAAGGAAUGUUUAUUCUUUUACAUGAUCCGAUGUCUUGAGUUCAAAGGCACCUACACUAAAACAGUUAUGGAUGUUCUGGAAAAAUUGGGACAAGAAGCAAAAACAUGUCAAGAGAGAGAUAUCAUCACAGACCUUACAAAAGAUUUAAGGUGUUAUCCCUCAAAAUGUCACCCUACAGGAUACUGUAUUGUUUUCUGUGUAACUGUGGACAGAGAUGGAGCAGAGAGUGAAAUAGAGAAAGUUCAGAGAGUAUUUGAUAAAAGUCUAGGAUUCGUAGUUGAAAUACAGAGAGAUCCAGUAAAGGAAACAAUUAACACAGUCCUAGAGAAUUUGAAGAGCCCAAAAUAUGAUUUCUAUGAUUCGCUGAUUGUGUGGUUUAUAGGGAGAGGAGGAGAUGAGUUUAAACUUGCAGAUGGCACUUACUACAGUAAGAAGAAGAUACCAAGUGAUUUUUGUGGAUUAAAGACCUUCAGUAAGAAACCAAAGUUAUUCUUCAUGGUUUCAGAUCAAGAAGAAGCAUUACCAGCUAUUAGUCAUGAUGUAGAUACUGGAGACGGAAGGGAAAUAGGAAUUACCAGGAAUAGUUUUCCAGACAUCACAGCACCUCAGGAGAUGGAUUACCUGAUUUCCAGUGUAACUUUGCCAUCAGAAUGCUCAUCCAUAAAUAAGUGUAAAGGGUCUCCUUAUGUUCAUAGCGUUUGCAAACACCUGGAGAAGCACUGUGGGCAGGAUAUAAUGAAGGCCUUUCAAGAGAUUCAUAAAGAAAUGAAUUUUUCCAAUGGUUUCAUGCGAGCCCGUCCCUACUACAGUUUUGCUUUACAGAAGAUGUUUAUUAUUCCCAAAGCUUAUAAGCAAAUGUAAAACUGCAUUUAUUACUGUUAAUUAUAUAUCACACAUGUGCUUUGCUCUUGAAAGAUUGUAACAACAGCUUCCACAUAAAUGACAGAAAUUAAUAGAUUGCAUAAUUUGGAAUAUGUGAAUAGAAACUGUUGCUGGUGGUGCACCAUGCAACAGUGUGGACGGCACUUGUUCUUGUGGGGCAUGCAGCUCGUCUUCCUGGCAGUCUCAUUGGUUGGAGGUGUGAAUGUGUUGGUGAUGGAUGCAGAACAUCAUUGUCAAACCAGCUAUGUCUCUCCUGUGUUGAAGGUUGUUGAGGUUCAGUUGAUACUGUUGGGUCGUGUCUUCUAUGGUUUUCUUCCCUCUUUCUUGUAUUCUAUCCAAGAUUUAGAGCCUAGUGAUGCUUGCUCAUACCCAUGGGAGGUAGAAGUACUCGAGUGAAGAGCGAUUUUGUGCCUUGUAGAGGAGUCCCUUCCCUUCACUGUCCAGCAGAUAGCUGAUUCUUCUCAAGGAUGCAAGUUUCUGUGAAGCCCUUCUCGCCAAGCUUUCUGUGAGACUUUUGAAUGUCUCUUUUUGUUGUAUGUGAUGCCCAGUUUCCUCUUGUGGUCUUUUUUUUUUUUUCCACUGAAGUUAACUUUGAUAUCACUGUUCAUCCUCUUGACAUUCAUAAGCUGGGUUUUAUUCAGGGUAAAGGAGACCUGCCAUUUCUCCCCCAAGUCAAAAUUUGUGUGAGUCUGUCAUUUAGUUUUUCUGUGAUGGCAUCCUGUUCCCUAGGCUCAUACCUAAAGGAGACUGUUCCAUCAUCUGCAAAUGCUUGGGCAGAGGGCCCAGUAUGCUUCCUAUAGGGACACCUUCUUUGAUAUCGUAGCAAGCAGAGUGUUUUCCAUUGAGGACUACUUUCAUUUGUCUGUUAAGCAGAUAAUAUUUCAAAAGGACCAGGAGUUCUUCAUCCACUCCAAAUGCUUUUAACUUGCUUAACAAACCUAGGUGACAUACCCUAUCAAAGGCUCCCUCUAUGUCCAGGGCUAGAACACAGGUGUGCUGUCCACAGUAAAGUGCAGCUGACCAGUCUGCAGUUAUCUGUAACAGCAGGUCGGCAGCAGAGCAGUUCUUCCGAAAGCCAUAUUGCUGGGUAGACAGGUGGUUUUUGUUGAGGUGGUUUGUUAGGUGAGAAGAUACUAUUUUUUCAAGUAUCUUGCUGAUAAUUGAUAACAAGGAGACUGGACGGUAAUUUUUUGGACUGGCUUUGUUCCCCUUUUUAAAGAUGGGGAUAACAUUACUUUGUUUCCAAAAGGCCAUUUGCAGGAGAUUAAGCAUGUUAAAAAUUAAUGUGAGAGGAGAUGACAGCUCCUUUGCACUCCUCUGGUGAGACAGAGGUUAACACCCACAGUUCCUGUAGCUUUUCUUGUCUCUACGUUGUGCAGGAGCUUCUCCACUUUUUUCUCACUUCUUAUAAUCCUGCUUAUUUUCUCAUUACUCAAGAUGGGAAGUGUAGAUGGAUUUUGCUCAGCAUAUGGAUCUGUCAUUUUACUUGAGAAAUGUCUUGCCAAUGCAUCUGUCUUUUCUUAGGAGCCUACUUCUAGUGUCCCAACUUUUGUUAUUAAGGGUGGGAUAGUUUCAUCCUUUGUGUUUCCUUGCUUGUUUUUGACAAUAUUCCACCAUAAUUUUAUUCCAACUUUACCAUCUUUUAGUUUCUUUUUUGUAGUUUUCUCUCAUUGCUGAAUGGCCCACUUCUGAAUAAUGUUCCAUUUGUUGUGCAGCCUGUCUAUGAAAUUACUUGUUUCUAUUUUUAGGAUUUCUUUUAUAAAAGAUCCAAGGUUGAUCAGAGGGCUUCGAUAAGUAGUUAAUAUGAGGUUCAAAACGAUUUUGUAUCCUCAUGAAAACAGAGAUGAAAGAAUUAACCUUCUGAUCAAUAUUGCCCUGGAUUUCAUUGUUCCAUUUUAUGUGAGACAGAGCCUCGUCACUGUUUUGUAUAGACCUCCAACCUUGGUCCCUCUUGGGCUGGGCCCAGCUACCACUCAAUGCUUGAUUCCAGUUUACAUUACCUUUUGUUAUUUACUGCUUUGCAUUAUAAUCUUUUACAAAUAAAUAGUCGAGUUGUA